AUGGCAAACCCCUUGCCAAGCGGGUACCCCCCGCGGCGCCCUCUAGUGAAUCGCUCCAGACUGGCCAUUGAGGCAGCAGCGACGCGCUAUGGGGCGUCAGACUAUGCGCCACAUCCCACAGGGAUAGUGUUGCGACGCGUGGGCUACUACACGAUACCCUCGCUGGAUGAUCUCAAGUCCUACCUGGCCGAGGAUGGGUCCUGUGUGGUGCCCAAUUUCACCAUUGGACGCGAGGGCUAUGGCACUGUGUUCUUUGCCAUGGAAAUGGACGUGGCUGGACUGAAUCUGGAUGAGAUUGUUUACUUCCGUAACAAGGGGAUCAUCAUUUAUCCUGACGAUGAGAAGAGGCCGCCUAUCAACCAAGGCCUGAAUCGUGAGGCACAAGUCACCCUCGAGCAGGUAUGGCCCGUGGACAAGACCCAGCCUGUGCCUGUUGUGAAGGAUGCGCAGCGUCUGAUCGAAAUGAAUUGGGAGGGACAUCUGCGUUGCGCCUGCUAUGCAAACGAUACGCGCUUCGUCGAGUAUCGCCCAGAGACCGGCAGUUGGGUGUUUUGUGUGAAGCACUUCUCCAAGUACGGCCUGGACGAGGACGAUAACAAGAUGACGCUCCAUUCGUUGCGGCCCAGCGUGUAUCCGAGGAUAUGCGGCACAAGGUUCCGCGGCCGGUUCCUCGGCCAGUGACACAUCCGCGCGCAC